AAAUUCUAAUAAUUCAAAGGUCAGCAUUUCAAGUGGUGUUAAAGGAGAAAAGAAGGAUUUUAAGAGGAGAUUUAAAAUUGCAAUAUUAUGAGGUCAUGGCAUUACUGUAAGAACCACCAUUUUUGAUUUUAGAUCAUGAUAAUUGCAGUUCUUAGUUUGCUAACAGAGAUAAAUGGUGAUGAUCUCCAUGGUACCAUUGCAGUAGAAAGAAAAAACACAUAUUAACAACCAGCUACAAAAAAUACACUAAAGGUGAAAUUUGAUAUAAAAUCUUUUGAAACAAAAUCAUCAAUCCAGCAGAACCCAUAAAAUAAAUUAUGAACCUGACAGACAGUUUUAGUAUUAGAAAAUCAACUGAAAAAAAAAAACCUUGAGAUAUUUUGUGGAUUAUUUGGAAAGUAGAGAGCGGAGAGGAAGCUUUCUACGCAUCUGAAAAGGAGCACUUGUGUGAUAGCGGAAGUUACACAACCACCUGCUAAGGAAACACCCUCCUUUUUCAAAAAUUACAUAGAAACAGAUUGCACUCUCAUACACAGACACAGUGUUUGCAGAGUCUGACUUCAUGUCAAGAUGAACGAACCCCGACACUUCUAUCUGCUUACUCUAUAUGUGGCGUUGGCAGCUACAGCCAUCCUGUUUUCUUCAGCUUUCAACAUUGACAAGGGCAAGCCUACUGUUCAUGAAGGUGAGCGGGAAGAUUUCUUUGGGUACAAAGUGCUUCAGUACUCGUCGCCCAAUAAUAAAGGGGUAAUUAUCACCGCACCACUGCGGCUGAAUGGAUCAGGAGGAAUAGCCAAGUUUGGCCAAGAUGGAACUGAAAAGUGGUUCAGUCCUAAAGAUUCUUCGGGGAAAAAGUCACAUAUGGCCAAACAUCUCGGUUUGUCAAUAACUAAAGAUUCUUCAGGAUCCCGGUUUAUUGCUUGCAGUCCAAGUCUUGCUCAUCCAUGUUAUGAAAAUGUCUUCCUGAACAGUUUGUGUUAUAACAUCACAGAUGAGUUUCAGGAGUUGUCCUCCUUUAACUCUUUGUUUAAAGAAUGCAAAGAAAAAAAAGUAAACCUUGUCUUUUUGUUCGAUGGAUCUGAGAGCAUGACCGGAGCAGAAUUUGACAAAAAUAAAGAUUUCAUAAGAGGCAUCAUGGACAACGUUAAAACAAACAAAUCUAUCAAGGUUGCAGCAGCUCAGUUUUCUACAGACUUCAGAACAGUGUUUGACUUUAAUGACUAUGUCAAUGGCACAGCUUUAGAGAAACUUAAAAAAGAAAAACAUAUGAAGAAUCUGACCAACACACACAAAGCCCUCAAAUUAACACUGUCAAGCAUUUUUGAAAACCAAACAGCGGGAGCCUCGGAAGAUGCAGCUAAAGCUGUGGUGAUAAUCACAGAUGGAGAUCCAAGUGACACUGAUAGAAAUCACAAGAGUGUAGAAACCUAUGAACGUAAAGAGAUCGUUCGAAUUGUCAUUGGAGUCAAAAAUGUUAAUUUAGAAAAAUUAAGAAACAUUGCAUCAAAGCCAAAAAACAAAAAUGCCUUAAAGAUUGAAAAUUAUGAUGGACUCACAGGAUUACUAGAAAAUUUGCAAAAGCAGAUUUUUGAUAUAGAAGGGUCCAUUGUGACUCGAUCUGAAAAAUUGACUGUUGAAAUGUCCCAAAGUGGAUUCAGUGCUGUAUCACACAAAGACACCUUAAUUCUGGGCUCUGUGGGAUCAAACACCUGGCGUGGGGCUCUCAGUGAGCCUCAAAAGCAAGAUAAACUGAUUUUAGAUCCUGAAAUGCAAGAAGCCUCCUACAUGGGAUACUCUCUUUCUGUUGGAGAGAGGAAUGGCAGUCCUCUAUAUUUCACUGGAGCACCGCGUUUCGACCAUGUGGGGCAGGUUAUAGUUUUCCAACCUGAUGAUGACAAGUGGAACACAACACAAAGAAUAACAGGGGACCAGAUUGGUUCCUAUUUUGGUGCAGAGCUUUGCUCUGUAGACUUCGACUCAGAUGGUAACACUGACUUCCUGCUGGUUGGAGCUCCAAUGUUUUAUCUGUCGGAGGAGAGAAAAGAAGGAAUGAUCUACAUCUACUCUCUAUCUGAUGAGAUGGAGUUAAAAAGGGAGCAUCAAGUGCGAGCACCAUCCAUGGGCAGAUUUGGCACCACCAUAUCCAGUCUGUCAGAUCUGAAUGGAGAUGGUCUCACAGAUGUUGCAGUGGGAGCCCCUCUGGAGCAGGAUAAUGCAGGAGCUGUUUACAUCUACCUUGGACAAAGAGGCAAAGGGAUACGCAAACGUUUCAGCCAGAGAAUCACUGGAGCAGAUUUCAAACCUAGUUUGAGAUUGUUUGGUCAAGCCAUCAAUGGAGAUAUUGAUCGUGGAGAUGGUAGGCUGCCAGAUAUUGUUGUGGGAUCACAAGGUGCUGCGGUUGUCUUAAGGUCCAAGCCUGUCUUAAACGUUGAGGCUAAACUGUCAUUUUAUCCUGACAUGAUAAGCAUUGAGAAUAUUACCUGUCUGGGACAGGUGAAGGAUGACAUUUUACCGAUGGUUAAUGUAGCAGCUUGCUUUGUAAUGGAGGAAGCAACAAAGACCAAUGCAGGGCCAGGAAUAAAUAUCUCUCUGAUGCUCAUGGUGGAUCCAAACAGGCCAAUACAUCGAGGUUUCUUCCAGGACAAUAAAAAGAAAAGCAGGAACAUCACACAUACCUUAGAGCUGACUGACAAGAAAACAUGCUUCAACUAUUCUAUCUUCAUGCAUAGAUGUGUAAAAGACACAUUAUCUCCAGUCCAAAUGAAAUUAAACUUUUCCCAAAGUGACAGUGAGAAUGCAAUUGGAGUUUUGAACAUGGACAGCAAAAGGAAUGCUACGGUCGAUGUUCCUUUUGUAAAACAUUGUGACAAGGAAAUCUGCAUCCCUGACCUCAAAGUAGAUUUUAGAUUCACGUCUGACGAAGUAUUGGUGACGGAAAAUAAUGGCUUCAGUGUGUUGAUAACCUUGGAUAAUAAUGGUGAUGACUCAUACAACACCAGCCUGACAUUGCACUAUCCUCCAGGCCUCUCUUUCUCAAAGAUGGAGCCAACAGGGAUUAAGAGAGUAACUCACAACUGCCCUGUCCAAGAAGAAGGUGUGCUGAACAGAACAAUUUGUGGAAUCAGCUCUCCAGUGUAUCGCAGCAAAUCCUCUGCCACCUUCAACGCUACUUUCCGUGUUGCUAAAGAUUUUGAGUGGAGUAAUAAUAUGUCAAUGACAGUCACUGCACAAAGUGAAAAUUUAAAUGCCAGCCAGACACCUUCUGUGACCAAAGUUAUCCCUGUUAAAUAUUCGGUUAGAAUUGCAAAAGAUGUAAAAUCUGAUAAAUCUGUCAAAUACCUAAGCUUCACUUCAGAGAAAUAUGAGCCACAAACGAUGGUUAUUACAUAUGAAAUACAGAACACCGGUUUCAAGGAUUUUCCCAUCAGCGUUUCACUGUUCUUCCCAAGUAAACUGGAACACAACUUUGAAAUCCACAACUACAAAGUUGUUGUCAAACCAAACAAAACUGCAUGCUCAGUCAUUUCCACCCAAAAGUCUGAGAACUGCCCUCUGGGAAAAGAUUGUGUUACCAUGGAAUGUAAUACUUUUACUUUGAAGAAUUAUUCAGACGUUCACUUUUCCUUGGAGGGAGAUGUGCAUUUCAGAAAUCUAAAAGACUACGCAUCAAAUAUGCCCUUCCUGAAUCAAUUUACUGGAGACAAUCGAGAGGUCCAUUUUACAAGCUUUAUACAAAUUGACUACGAUGCUGGUAGAUACAUGCUGGAUGAGAAGAAGACGCAGAUUGACAAGAAACUAAAGGCUAAUGUUCUUGUUGAGUUCACUGUGCCCCAAAAUAGACCACUUAUCAUUGGAACUGGAGUAGUGCUGGGAAUUUUGCUUCUUUUCUUGAUUGCAUUCAUCAUGUACAAGUGUGGCUGCUUCAAGAGGAAAACCAUUGAGGAUUAUCAAAACGAAGACAAUCUCUCUGCUCAGAAUGGGUGUGCAUCUGAUUUGUCUCAUGAUAAAGCUGAACAAGUUGAGGAGGAAAAAGCUUUAAAUAAAGAUGAAGAGAAAGGCAGCAUCUCUGCUGCUUUGGAAUGAGACCAAGAGGCGGCGAUCAUUUGGGCUGAACUAAUUCAAACAUGAUGGAUGUUGGCCAUACAAUCCACCAAUUAAAGGGAAAUUAGAAUGAAAAACGUCCCGACUUGAUCUAAUGACUAAUCUUUCUUUGAUCAAAAUGCACAGGGAAUACAUUUGUUAUAUAAAAUAGGAUACAGAUGGAGGCGUUUCUACUUGAAACAUUUUAUACACUCAAAAAUAUUUCAACCAAAUUUUAAGAUUUAUGUCAUUUAAUUACAUAACAAACUCUGUUUGUUUUACCUUUAUGCAAUUCAAAUAUUAAACUUUAUGUAUUUGAAACAAAUACACUCAUAAGUAUUAAUAUUCAGUAUGUAUACUUUAUGAAUAAUACAAAUACAUAAACCUGAUACUUAUGUAUUUCAAAUUUUAAUAAUUAUGUUUUAUUGUACAAAUAAGGAUAGAUCACAUAAGGUUUAUUUAAUAGAUUUAUGUAAAAAGUGUCUGAAAAAGAAGUAAAUCGGAAUUUCUAUGCAAUAAAUUGAUAUAGAUCUUAAUAUUUGGGUGGAAUAUUUCUGAGAGUGUAACAAACAGUAGUUUUCUGAAGCCCUUCUUUAUCCCCUAUAAUUUCCACUUCAUUAAGUUGGUAAAACAUGAUUACCUGAGUUGACAUGUAUCCAAAAAAACAGAAGGGAGGUGAAUCUUCCAGCUUUGUGGAAGGUGUGUCUUUAGCAUUUCUGAAUGUAGGAAUAUUCUCAUUAAAGCUUAAAGUCCUCUAGUAUUUCCUGGUAACAUCCUAGCAAAUGCAAGUUAAACUGAAGGCAUCUGCUGUUGGAACUUUGUGAAGACAAAUAGAGAAAUUGCUCCAGGUAAAGUAUUUUUUUUUUCUUUUUGCUUCUGAUGUAAUUUAAGCCAAAAAUAAAUACCAAAACCCUCCAGGAAUGUGGAUAAUUGCACUGCAUGCACAUUUCUUUUAGGGAAAUGCAUCAGCUUGUUUUAUUAAAACAUCUGCUAACGUUGCACAUUUGCUCAGACUUUUUAGGGAUUCAAUUUUUCUUUUAGAGGGUACCCAUGAUGAAAAAGUACAAUCUUUCAAAGACCAGGUUGUAAUUUUAUUUAUAAGUCCUGUUCUUUUGCUCUCUGUCCCAAAUGUGAGUGAGGAUGAAAGUCAGGGAAAGCCAUCCAAAACAUCUUUACAUGGAAGCCAGAGAUAAUUUACUUUGGUUAAUGAGUGAAGACCUUCUAAUAGAAUCAUAGUUUGUUAAAAUUAAUAUUUCUCUUUUAUUUAGGUUAUGUUUUCCAUGGCUUCAAUUAUCUCCAGGCUCUUCUCUUAUCCCCUAGUUUUUCCCUUGGUCAUUCCUUAUUUUGUAGACAUUAGUUUUAUUCCACUUUAGCUUUAAUUAAAUAAUUUUCUAGUUAAUUUCAAACUCUGUUGUUUCCCCAGCUUAUUCUCUAUUGCCCCCUAGUGUCCUUUCCUGUCCACUUAGCUCCUUCUAGUUACUACACUUGCUUCCUAUCAGCUAAUUAGUUCUCCCACUGUUUUUGUCUCCCAUAUAUACACCACCUGUUGUAUGUAUGGAGGCAUAUAUAUAUGUGAGCCCAACCAGCCGAAUCCAGCCAUGAGUAACUGUUCAGUUACUCAUGGCUGGAAUCUGGUCAUUCCUUAUGUUUAUUCAUCCCUAGUUUUAUGAUUCUUGAGUGCCUUGCUAAUCAGUUCUGAACUAUGGAUUCUCUAUAUUAACUUCUUUAAUAAAUUUUGCAA